AUGGGAGAGCGCCAGGGGAGCGCGCAAGGGGAGCGCGCAAGGGGAGCAAGGAGGCAAGGGGAGCACGCCUGCAUGCUCCUUCGACCCUCUUCAAUCCGGCUAAGCUAUCCCACUGAAUUCACACUCUGCACGCACUCACCCACUCACUCGCUCGCACUCGUGCCUUCCACUGCUUGCUUGCGCUCGCUCCCUCCUCCUCCUCUCGCCGCUCUCCCGGGCGGCACCAAGGGACCCUCCCCAGCUUCCCUCUGCCUACACCCCUCUGCCAGCACACCUACAGGCCGGCAGCAGCAGAAGGCAUGGAGGAGCAGUGGGAGCAGCGUGGCGAGCGGGAGAGGCGAGUGGUGGGAUGACGCACGGCCUGGGCUGGCCCUGCUGACCACUGCGCUCGCCCAACCUCCCGGCAGCACCAGCGCUACCGACCGUGGCGACUCUGAGUGGCGCUGCGGCAGCAGGGGGAGUGUGGCGGCAAGGAGAGGCGCAUGGCCGUCUUCCCUCUGCCUACACCCCUCUGCCAGCACACCUACAGGCCGGCAGCAGCAGAAGGCAUGGAGGAGCAGUGGGAGCAGCGUGGCGAGCGGGAGAGGCGAGUGGUGGGAUGACGCACGGCCUGGGCUGGCCCUGCUGACCACUGCGCUCGCCCAACCUCCCGGCAGCACCAGCGCGACCGACCGUGGCGUCUCUGAGUGGCGCUGCGGCAGCAGGGGGAGUGUGGCGGCAAGGAGAGGCGCAUGGCCGUCUUCCCUCUGCCUACACCCCUCUGCCAGCACACCUACAGGCCGGCAGCAGCAGAAGGCAUGGAGGAGCAGUGGGAGCAGCGUGGCGAGCGGGAGAGGCGAGUGGUGGGAUGACGCACGGCCUGGGCUGGCCCUGCUGACCACUGCGCUCGCCCAACCUCCCGGCAGCACCAGCGCGACCGACCGUGGCGUCUCUGAGUGGCGCUGCGGCAGCAGGGGGAGUGUGGCGGCAAGGAGAGGCGCAUGGCCGUCUUCCCUCUGCCUACACCCCUCUGCCAGCACACCUACAGGCCGGCAGCAGCAGAAGGCAUGGAGGAGCAGUGGGAGCAGCGUGGCGAGCGGGAGAGGCGAGUGGUGGGAUGACGCACGGCCUGGGCUGGCCCUGCUGACCACUGCGCUCGCCCAACCUCCCGGCAGCACCAGCGCGACCGACCGUGGCGUCUCUGAGUGGCGCUGCGGCAGCAGGGGGAGUGUGGCGGCAAGGAGAGGCGCAUGGCCGUCUUCCCUCUGCCUACACCCCUCUGCCAGCACACCUACAGGCCGGCAGCAGCAGAAGGCAUGGAGGAGCAGUGGGAGCAGCGUGGCGAGCGGGAGAGGCGAGUGGUGGGAUGACGCACGGCCUGGGCUGGCCCUGCUGACCACUGCGCUCGCCCAACCUCCCGGCAGCACCAGCGCGACCGACCGUGGCGUCUCUGAGUGGCGCUGCGGCAGCAGGGGGAGUGUGGCGGCAAGGAGAGGCGCAUGGCCGUCAUCCCUCUGCCUACACCCCUCUGCCAGCACACCUACAGGCCGGCAGCAGCAGAAGGCAUGGAGGAGCAGUGGGAGCAGCGUGGCGAGCGGGAGAGGCGAGUGGUGGGAUGACGCACGGCCUGGGCUGGCCCUGCUGACCACUGCGCUCGCCCAACCUCCCGGCAGCACCAGCGCGACCGACCGGGGCGUCUCUGAGUGGCGCUGCGGCAGCAGGGGGAGUGUGGCGGCAAGGAGAGGCGCAUGGCCGUGUGGGUGCUGCACGCAUGCAAGGGGAGCACGCCUGCAUGCUCCUUCGACCCUCUUCAAUCCGGCUCAGCUAUCUCACUCAAUUCGCACUGUGCACGCACCACUCGCUCGCUCGCACUCGUGCCUUGCGCUGGUUGCUUGCGCUCGCUCCCUCCUCCUCCUCUCGCCGCUCUUACGGGCGGCACCAAGGGACCCUCCCCAGCUUCCCUCUGCCUACACCCCUCUGCCAGCACACCUACAGGGCGGCAGCAGCAGAAGGCAUGGAGGAGCAGUGGGAGCAGCGUGGCGAGCGGGAGAGGCGAGUGGCUCUUGUGCUCGUGAGGAGGUAGGAAGCGCACCGACGCAGCAAACUGGCCGCCCCAGCAGCAGCAAGGCGGAGUGUGCCUGCCCUCCCCACCCCAGCAGCAGCAAGGCGGAGUGUGCCUGCCCUCCCCACGCCAGCAGCAGCAAGGCGGAGUGUGCCUGCCCUCCCCACACCAGCAGCAGCAAGGCGGAGUGUGCCUGCCCUCCCACACCAGCAGCAGCAGAGGUGAGCGGGAGCUGGGGAGCAGUGGAGGGGGUAGGGAGUGGAGCAGAGGAAGGGGUGUGGAGGUCGGAGCAGGGGAGGGCAAGCAGAGGCGGGCUAGCAGAGGAGGGCAAGCAGACGAGGGCUAGCAGGCGAGGGCUAGCAAAGGAGGGCAAGCAGACGAGGGCUAGCAGGCGAGGGCUAGCAGAGGAGGGCAAGCAGACGAGGGCUAGCAGAGGAGGGGAGCAGAGGAGGGCAGCAGAGGAGGGCAGCAGAGGUCGGAGCAGAGGUGGGGAGAGUAGGAGUGGAGCAGAGGAGGGGAGCGGAGGAGGGGAGCAGGGAAGGGGAGAAGACGUGGGUAGAAGAGGAGGUGGCGAGCAGAGGAUGGCAAGCAGAGGAAGGAGCGUGGAGGUGAGUGGAGCCCACCUGGCAUUCCUUGCUGCGCCAUCAAAAAUCUGGUCCCACACGAAGGGUCCCCACCUCAACGUGCGCCAGGAGGAGACUGCAGCACCCUUCACGCAUGUCGACUCGUGGGGCGAGGAGGGCGAGGGGGCAGCGCGCGGGGGGCAGCAAGAGGCGUCCCUAUGCAUAAUCCCCCCCUUCCAUUCCCUUCAGCAUGGCGGGCAGCGUGGAGACGACACGGCGGCCGGCACGGAUGGAGUCGACUCGUGGGGCGAGGAGGGCGAGGGGGCAGCGCGCGGGGGGCAGCAAGAGGCGUCCCUAUGCAUAAUCCCCCCCUUCCAUUCCCUUCAGCUUGGCGGGCAGCGUGGAGACGACACGGCGGCCGGCACGGACGGAGGGUCCAAGACCGAAGACCGCCUCCGACUGCGGCAUAGGUGUUGUGCGGCAGGGGUUGCUGACGGCGUUGGGACGGACGCCUCCCGCGCCUGA